GUUACUGAAAACGUCAAAACACAGACCGUAGCACCGAGCGCAAUGUCCGUUCACUUCUGAGCCACUUCAGAGUCCGUUCAGAGCCGCACAGCAACCAACAGCAACUGCAUCAUGGUAAAGAAAACCAAAGACUCUCAGGAACCUCUGUCUUCUUCCUCCACCAAGACCCCAGAAGAAGCUUCCACUCGGAGAAUGGUGUUGAGGGUCAGACAAAGCGAGCCGACAAAGAGGUUAGCAAGCUUAGUCAUAGAUGAGGAGAAGGAAAAGAGGGUCGUUUCAGUAAAAAGAUCGAAAACCAAGCAGAAGAAGAAAGGUGCAAAAGUUGAUCCCAAGAUGCCCAAGAAACCACCAACUGCAUUCUUCUAUUUCUUGGAGGACUUCCGCAAGGAAUUUCAAGAGCAAAAUCCAGAUAUUAAGACUAUGCGCGUGGUUGGAAAGGCGUGUGGAGAGAAGUGGAAGACAAUGUCAUAUGAGGAGAAGGUUAAAUACUAUGAUAUAGCCAUGGCGAAACGAGCUGAGUUUGACGAGGCCAUGUCAGAAUAUAUCAAGAGAAAGGAAAGUGGCGAGGGUGACGAAACUGAGGAUGAUGAAGAUUAUGAUAUCUGACAAACAUGUAUCAAUAGGGUGAAAGUAGACCAUUUGUAUACUAAUCCUCUGUUCUUUAAACAAAUGUCCAUGCCUGUAUUAUUUUUGUCUAUAUCUGUCCAGAAUUGGAUUUCAGUGGCGAGACUGCAGAUUUUCACGGUUGGUGUACUUUUAAAAAGUUGAAGAUGACUCUACCAACUGGAUUUUAGUAGCGAGAAAUGUAGAUGAAUCUUUGAUUAGUACUGUCUAACCUGUCUUUUAGCUUUUAUCGGUUUCUUUUGAUAAAACC